AUGUCAGAGGAAACACCAGGUCUAGGUCUUUACGAUCGAUAUAACGGAAGCGAUGUUCUGAUUCACCAGCGUUUCGCACCACAAGUCACCCUGAUUGAAAGAACAGUUUACCCUAUAUGGGCAGCUUUUGGCAUCCCGGGUGGACUGUUUAGUGUGUAUCUAUGGAGUGGUCGACCCAUGCGUCGAGGCGGGAGCGCGGCAGCAGCUGUCUAUCAAGCGUGCCUCGGGGUGGUUGAUCUCAGUUAUUUAUCUGUUCAAAUUAUAUGGUAUUUACACGCGGCAUGGCAACAAAAAGUCCUUGAUUAUCCAGUUGUGUGUGAAGUGUUCCCAACCAUAUUCUAUCUUGUCCAGUAUCUCGGACCUGUCAUGAAUAUGACAUUUACGCUUGAAAGAUUUUUGGCCAUAUGCCAUCCAUUUCGUUCACAACACUGCCUCAUUCGAUCUUCCGGACGAGGAGCACUAAAAAUCAUAGGGAUUCUGACAACAUUUUGCCUCUGUGCAGCUUCUGUGCAAUCGAUGGUGUUUGUAUACAAAGAACCCACAUGCAGCACACGGGAUGAGUUGAAUAUGGAAGGUCACAUUGCGAAAUGGCUGCAUCAGAACUGGACGUUCAUAACCGAACUGUUUUUCUUCGUGUUCUUGCCAACCUUGUGUUUGGUCCUCAAUAUAUUUGUCGUUCGCGUGUUGCAUCAGAAAUCAAACGUGAAAAGAAAAUCGUUGCCGGUGUCUUAUCGCAAUGGAACACAGUCUGCUAACUCAGAAUCAUCUUACGCAUUUAAUCCCGAUUCGAAACAUCACAUCAGUAGGAAUAUUCGAGCGAGCACAAUAACCCUGGUUUGCACCUCGUUCUACAUGAUUAUCGCCAAUUACUCCGUGGCUGUCGCACUGCUGAUUGCACUUCUUUUACCCCUCGGCGAUCCAAUGCUGUCGGAUGAGGAAAUCGACAAAGAUCCCGUGUGGAAUCUGUACUUCCGCUUGUUCACGAUUCGCAUUUCUAUCGACUAUUUCGCCAUGUCUCAAUUUGUGAUAAAAUUUCCCAUUUAUCUGGCUACAAGCAAACAGUUCAGAGGUGAAUUUCUCAAACUUUUUCAAUGUUUAAACAAAACACAACCGAUUAUGCACGGACGUCUGUCCACGGUCCGACAGACACUCACUCCGUCAGUUUCUGGUAUAAGUCGUUUCACCCUCAAUGGAGAUCAAGCGUCACCUGCGAUGUUACCCACCUCAUUCAAGAAAGCAAGAUAUGAUAAACAGACGGGUCAACUUGGUCCGGUAUCACACAGACAGCGACCUUCUGCUGGAAUGACGCGGUUAGUUAUCGGUGCAAGUGGGGAGCGUGUACCUGCAAUUUCAUACUGA